AUGGAUCUUCUGAAUCGCUUCGACAAGAUGGGCAAGGUCCUGAUCCAGGCCUUGCGACAACAUUGGGCGAGAGUGUUGCACCUCUCGGGAAGUGCUCUCGGGCCUGGUGGCAACGGCAACGCUGUUCUACACGAGGCGAAGGAGAUUCUGGUUCAACUCUUGCUUGCUGGUCGAGGAGACUGCUUGGCAGCCGUACUGCCGGCUGGCCACCUUGCCCAUUUCUGUGAGCUGGUAAAAAUCACCAAGCUGUCGUUGGAGCUGCUGGCGGUGGAGCGCUUUUGCUUUGAGGCCUCACUUGAGAAGAUUGCAGCCGCAAAGCAUUCCACUGUCACCUUCAUCUUGGUCGAAGUCACUGGACAAAUUUCGGCACUACAGCUGAGCGAGCUGGUUCGCACCGCAUCCGGAUCUGCGCGGCUCGUGUUCAGUUGGUUUCCCGGCCUCCUGCCCAAGUUGGCCUUGACGCGCUCACUGGGGGAAGUCUUGCUUCCACAGUCGUUGCGAGAGGCUGACCUGAGCUCGCGAUCUGCACCGACGCCGUAUCGUGAUACCUUUGCGCUGGGCCACGCUACGCUGCAGUGUAGCCUCACAUUUCCAGACCAGCCAGACCUGUUGAGUCCUUUGGCCGGGAAGAAGCUGCCAAAUGGGCCACAUGCGAGUAGGCGGCCCAGCGACGAUGGUGCGCUGCACAUCGACUGGGAAAGAAACCUUGGAGAGGCUCAGGCUUUUCUGAAAGCCGCCCAUGCAUGGACGGAUGAGGAGCUCCGUUGGCGAAGGCCUUUGCAUGGCCGGCCUCGGACACAGGACGCGCUGUUGCUGCUGGUGACUUCCGACGAGGCAUUGGUGCAGCGGCACUAUGCUGGACAACCGGAUUCCGUACAAUGCUUCCACCUGAACCACACCGAUCGACAGGGCAUGGCUCCCUUGGAAGCACUUCUAGGUCGCAGUCGUGAGUCUGCAACAGCUACACCCAGUACCAAACAGGUGACCAUAGUUCUGUUUGGAGUGGGGUUCGUCACGCCGUCCAAGCUUGAGGACUUGGUGGCAAGGGCAUACAUGGCCGGCAUCCGGGCGAUCUUGGUGGCGCCUGAGCCGCUGGCUUUCUUGCGCUGCAUUCGCAUCACUACCCGAGUCUCCACAGAAUACAUCCAUGCUACUCUGCUCUAUGUCAGAAAUGUCCAGUCUUUCGCGGCUCACCUUUCGGACCGGAUGGCCCACAGCGCUCUCCGCGCGCUGCGCCUGGUUCUAGGACAUGCACGGUUGCCCAGCUCACCCCCAACGGCACUCAUCGAAGCAUUUCAGGCUCGUGACCCUGUUGCCUGUGGCAAAGAGAUGGCUUCCCUCCCUGCUCCAGAAGGACGACAGAUUCUUCAGACCAGCGUGGCUGCGGACCUGGCUGCCGGGAUCCUUCAAACACUGACACCCACGGGGAAGCCUCGGGUUCCAGUCUCCGCGACCUUCGACGCCCGAUCGCUCUCCUAUGCCAUUGGCUGCCUUUCUGCGUCCUUCGUGAUGAGGGCUGACCAACUUGGACUUGAUCAGGGUGUCUGGGACCUCAGCUUCCCUGACUUUCGAGCGCACCUGCCUGUCUGCCGGUUCCUGGACCAGGCUUCGGUGCUCGAGGCUUGGUGUCGCUACCUGGAUCUUGUGGGCUCCGAGGUGCCCUCCACAGAGGCCUGUCUGUCGCAAGGACCAGUUGUAUGGCCAAGCAAAGAGCCGAAGACGCACUUCCUCCUUUCCCAGUGGGAGAUCGCCAGCAAUACUCACGCUGCGGGGCUCGAGGACAUGCUGGAACAGGCGACCGCGCACUUGGCAGCGUCUCCGAAGGACUACGGACAGGCAGAGGCUGCUUAUGUUGGCUUGGGCUCAAUCCAUCAGAGCGAGGAUCCGGAGGAGGUUCUGGAGAGACACUGCUUGCAAAGCCACGAGAUGGACUGGGGAGCCUUCUCAGACUCUUGGCGAACGGCCCUUGACAUCAAGCCCGGGCUCUUCCUUCAGCUGGCCGGUCUCGGGGUGGACACCUUGCGACUCUUCCUUUGCUUGCCACCUGCUCGCGCCAUCGAACUCGGCCUGACCUACUUGCUCGCGUCUGGCUGCCGUGGAGCCACGCCACAGGCCAAGCUUGCACUGUCUGUCACGGACAACUUGAUCCGGGACCUGAAGUGCACGGGAUCACUUCUCACGGCGCUAUCGCAAUCCGGAAGUGGAGGUGCAUCUGAGCUCUCGCCUCGGAUGGCAGCUCUCAAAUGGUUGCUGUUGACAGUUAUAUCACCCUCCUCCGAUGGUCAGGUCCCUGAUCUGGACUUCUGUCACAUUACGGAGCAUGCGCUUCAACAGCUGGUUCAAUCAAAUGUGAUGCUGUGCCCUCGGGGUCGCUCGGACCUCCUCAUCCGUGUUGCUUCCAUGCUGAUCUGCUUCGACGGGGACGUGCUAAGCUCGCAGCAUGAAAUCAAGCGUUUUUUGCUGGAGACGGAUCGGCCCCUAGCCUCUCUGCUCCCGAGCUCCUCGAAAAUUGGCAGAGCUGUGGUGUCCCUUCUCUUCUGCCCGGAUCACGCGGAACAAAUCAAGCAUGGUGAGUUGGGUGUAUCUCUUGUCCGCAGCUUCGAAAGCCUACUCGGCUACAAUGUGCUGGAUUGGAUCUCGCUGGAUAUGCCUGGAGAGCCACAUCGCCUAACAGCAGCUGCUCAUGCUGCUAUCCUGGAGCACGCGCCAGAUGUUGAGAAUGUGCGUGAGAUCGUAACGAAGCCGCUUUUGACUGCCACAAACAAGCUGAUGACUCUUCAGGGAGCUCGCGCCUCCGAUCGCUUCCUGUGUGAUCUCUUUGAGAACCUUCCUCCUGCCCUGGACACGCUCACGCUGCUGAUCCUCAAAAUUCUCUCAAGCGAUGAUGAGAAGAUCAAGCCGGUAGUCGAUGCGCUCAGUGGCAGCCUCCGAUCUGCAGGCAGUAGCCUUCUUGCAUCGAGUAGGAAUCCAUUUCUGCCAGCGCUGUUCUCGGCCUUGCAAUCGCGCAGCCUCGGCAACUACCUUGCCAUGGUGGCUUCUCACAAAAGCGUCGAUCCUGGAAGACCCCUGCUUCUCGCCUUGGACAGCAGCCCUGAGCUUCUCGAUCUGUACAUCCAAUAUUUCCGCACGGUGAUUCCCUCAGGCGACAUCGGGCCUGCAAGCUUGCAGUCCGCGCUUGGCAUUCACAACGCCAUGCUGGACGAUGCCUCUUGCGCUGCCCUGUUCUCCAAGCUCGCAGCGGGCGAAGCCAGGGAGGCGCACCAGAGCGAUCUGGUUCUGAUGUGGUACUGCUGGGCCCGCAGUCCUGACAAGCAGCUGCCCUUUUGGGCCUUGCCCUCCUUCAAGUCCGGGCCGCUCUGCAUUGCGUCCUUAAAUGGGAGUGGCCUUCCGUUUGUGGAGCGAUGCAAGCCCAUGCGUUUUGGACUGUCGGUCCUGGCAAAAUUCCUCGUGGCGCCGGAAACGCUGCCCCUGGGUGUCUACAACACACUCGCCGAGAAGGCUUCCUGGGUGCACUCGGAAGAGCAAAGUAGCUCGGCGAUCAAGGUGCAGACGCUUCUGCUCGGGCAGGAGGACCAGGAGGAUUACCCACCCUACUGUAUUCGCUGGCACGCACGAGCGUUGCCCGUAAGCUUGAAGAAGCAGCUCCUGCGGCAAUGCAAUGGCUUAGUUGCCCCGCUGAUGGACACAUCCGUGCACGACUUUUACCCUCGUGUGAACUCAGGAAUGGGAGAGGCAAACCUUCGAUUCAACCUUGGAUUGCUGUUGGCCCUGCGCUUUGGCAACCCGGACCUGCAAGUGUACUUCGAUCAUGGAGCCGACAUCCAGCGUCAGUUCCUGGCCGGCUGCAUUUUGUGCUGGUGCAAAGCCGCUGGCUUCUCCUUUCCCGAGCUCCUCAGCUGUGUCAAGACAGAGAACCAAGAGGAUUUCAGAACUCUUUGGCAAGAGACACACGAGGCCUAUGGUCGAACAGGCCCAGCAUCACUGCGGCGAAUGUAUGUGAGGGGCCCACUUCCCACCGAUAUCGAUGUGCGCUGGAUUGAUGAUGGCGGCAAGGACGUUCCAAUCCUGGCACGAACACGCGAUUCGGCGGUUUUGACUGCGCAGUGGUGCAACAUGCUGUUGCUGCAUUUUAAGCUGACAGGCUUUGAGCCCUUCACCCCACAGGAUUUCGUGAUUUCAGGAGGUGAGCUGCAAGGCUUGCAGGCAGGCCCACGACUGCAAACUGCCCUGUGCAGUGUCUCCGAGGCUGUGGGGUCUGCCCUUAGGGCCGAGCUGUUGGCCGACGCCACAACUUCUACACUGGUGGUUCCCCUGGGAGAGGGCAAGUACGACACCUUGCGGCUGGUAACACGGAUUACGGUGCUGGCGGACUUCGUCUUCCUUCUACGCGCAAGCACCGUGGGAGCGGAGACGUCCGCAAAGAUCGCCCAGUUCUUUGCUUCCAUGGUUGGGGCGCUGGCUAAGGGCGACGCACUGGCGGACACUCACCUUGCAGCAUUGUUCGAUGCCUUCUUUCUCUUGCACGGGCUGACUUCGGAGAACGAGGGCUUGGAGGUCGAAGCACUUGCGAAGGCAUACCAGACCCACAACCUGCCGGUCAGUGCCCAGACUUUGAAAGAAGUGGAGUGGCUGCACGAGAACUACUAUGGUCGCAAGGAUAAGACAACGAGCUCCGUCAAGUGUCGGCUGCAGCGCUUUGCCACCGUUUGUGAGCACAUCGCCAGCAUAAGAAGUCUCCCAUUGCAGAAGGUUGCUUUUCAGCGGCAUUUUGCCAAGACCCAAUUUGUUGGCGAACUGUUGGCCGAGGAGUCCGACGCCUCUCCGCCUUAUCUCCGUCACAGCAAGUUGCAGUUGCUUUGCACACUGCCCUCAGUUGGUAGCAGGGGACAUGGACAAGAGGCAGACAAUGGGGACGAUACCAGAACCGAUUUGCAGGAGAUCGUCCAGGACAACGAUGCCGCCUUUUUUGUUGAAGUUGGUGGUGACUGUGGUACCCGGAUGACAGGGAACAAUGGCACCGCGCGCAACUAUGGCCAGUGGGACUUGCCAGAUUUGGCCAGCUUGCAUGCGGCCGAUUGGAAAGAGAAGUGUCCUGUAAUCUCUGCCACUGACGUCAUCGAAAUAGUUUCCAAGCCCUCACUGUAUCUCCAUGCAGCCCUGCGAAUCCGCCCAGGGCUUGAGCCCGUUUUGUGGCAUUCGCCGAAGAGCCCUGGUUUCUACCGACUGUCCACGAAACACUGCUCGCCAAAGCUUGUGAGGCCAGAAGAUGGCGAAGAAGGACUUGGCGUGUGGAAGGCCUUCUCGACCAACGCCGAGGCCUGGCAGUUCAUAGAUCGCGCCCAGAGCCCCGUUCUGGCGCUGGAUGGCUGGUACUUGCGAAAAGCCGAGGACAACAUGUCCUGGGUGAUCGUCUUCCCGACCGUCAGAGACCCUGCACAACCGGCCCUAAGCCUCGGGGACUUGCAGCUCCGGCCGAGGCGCCACCUGUUGUGGCCGUUGUGCCACUCGCACAAGCUCGUCAACCUGAACUUCAGUUCAGAGGCUUUGCUGGUUGUGCAGCUCCUGGUGGUGGUGGCGUGGGAGAUGAACAGCCAGGAUACUUCUGGCGGCAAUGGUUUUUCGAAGGCGUCCUUCCAUGCCGAUGGUGCAAAGACUGAAAAGGUGGAGUCAGUCCUUGCCAGCCUCAGCUGCCUCUCCAACGAGGUGGAGCAUCUCGUCUCUGCGCAGGACUUCCCAGAAAGUGACGAGGGGCUCGUCUCGAAAGUACGGCAAUUGAUGAGCUAUCAGCAGAACGAGCGCUUCUUGUCGGAGGUCCUUCUGAGAAUCCUGUGGAAGAUGAAGUCGCAGCAGCGUGACGACCUGGGUGCCUUGAUUCGAGAAGAGAGCUUGAGGAGAUGGGCCACUGUUCAGAUUCCAUUUGUGGAGAAGGCGGAGCCUCAGCCGCUCUCAAGUCUUGGCCGCGUUCUCCAGCGACUGCUCGUCCCCAUCGCUUCGAAAGCCGGCAUUUUUGGCUCGCCACUCACCACGCAAGCGUGGACACAACUGGAAGUGCUGCUGGAGGCAUGCUAUCGAGGAGAGCAUCUCCCGCAAGAACGAUGUUUGGCCAAGCACAUCCAUGUGACCAAGGCUGGCUUUGCCAAACGAGGGGUUUCCAUCCUUUCCAGCAUCUACCAUGCUCAGCUGGACUGCCGCCAGCCGCCCACCGUCCAGCACUUCUCGGACUCCGAGGACGAGGCUGCAAGUGAAGACAAGGUGAGGGAAACGCGUGCAGCUCUCCACACAGAUCCGCCCAAGCGCAGCUUCGUCUCCGAAGCUCUAAUGGACAAGGUCUAUGUGGACACGCACAUGGAUCGUGACCCCGCCGGUGGCAAGCUCUUUGACAGGCGUGUCGGUUUCGGACGCCCGCUGAGCAGUCGUCACGGCGUUAUCACUUUCUACGAUGAGGACCUGCCACUCUACUAUGUGCCCAUCGACCGCCAGCGCUUGAAGGUAAGCUACACGUCGUCGGAGGGCCUCUGCUUGGGAUACCUGGUCCACAAGAAUGUGCUUGCAGAGCUGCUGGAGGAUGCCAACAAGUGUCACCAUCCAGACGGUGCAGACGGCGGCCUUCAGCUCGUGAGAAGCUUGCGGAUGAAGUUCCUACCAUGGAUUGCUGACGUCCUUCGGUCGCCGCUUCCAAGCGACACAAAAACCUGGAUUCUGCGCUGCUGUGAAAGAAUGGGGCUUGUUGCCGUGGCCCCGUACCAGGAGCGUGACCAUGUCAACCUUGCGAUCAUGGCCUUUUGCUUGUGCCGAUGCUGCCCUGCUGGCUCGGAUGCAGCACUGUUCUUGCGGAAUGUGCUCAUGAACGCCUGGCAUGUCCCGGACGAAGUGAAGAGUUUCGUCGAGCGCAAGAGCGAUGUCUACGGCAUCUAUGUCGUCAAGACGGGGACACUGCACAGGAUGCGCGAGCUGGGUCUGCGAGUGGCCGUGCGAGACUUCGAGCGCGAAGUUUGGCAGCGCAGCCUCGACAACAGUGCCAUGUAUUUGGACAUCAUCGCACAGUUUUCAGACUACUGCUGCUUCACCUAUGUCAAGGGCCUCUCAAAGGUGGACGACAUUCUGUUAAAGUGGUUGGCCGAGUACACUCGCCUGCACCCUUGGCGCUUCGUCUACUUGGAAGGUGUUGAUACCUCCUUCAACUUCCCGGAGAACCGUGACCGCUGCAGCUUCCGAUUCGCUCCGCCAAAUCCUCUUCAUUCAGUGAGAACAAUGGAAGACCUGAAGCAGAGCGAAGUUGCACAACUACGUCCUAGUCACACUGCACCUUAUCCCGGUCAGCUGCAGCCAUCGCCUGAAGACCUUCAGGAGCCUCGGCGAUUGCUGUCCUUCUUUGCAAAGAAUUUGGGCCCAGAUAGCAGCACGGGAAGCAUGGCGGGAGAUGAACAUCAUCAAAGGACCAUGUUUUCGCCAUCGCCCCCGACCUCUUCCUACUCGGCAGACUUUCGUGCGGAACUGGAGGAUCUUCUUUUCAGUGCUGCGCCAUGCCUGGUAUUGCUUGUUUCAGCACCUGGGGCUGGCAAGACACACCACAUGGCGACCCUCCGCGGACGGCUUGAGGAGGAGAUGCAGUUUGACAUCCAUGAGUUCGACGGCUCUUCAGAUAUCCUUGUCACCACCGCCUUGGCUGAGGUACUGCAGAGGACGAUGACAUCACAAAGUAGUGUGCAAUCCCAGAAGCUGCUGAUCCUGGACGAGUAUCACAUGCUGAGCGACGAGCACAAGGACGAGCUCUUCGAGUGGGUGCGCUCGAAAUUGGGGCCGGAGCUCCGCGUAGUGCUGAUCGCAAACCGCAGCGACUCCAAGGAUCAAGAACGUCUGCAGCAGCUCCAGCCGGCUAGCGCCGCCUCCCAGGUUCGUGUAGCGCUGUUGCAAACUCGCCUAUCUCGCCAGCGCAUCGAGCAGGUCAUGGAAUCCCGUGGUAACUCUGACCAGUGGCGGCCAUCCAUUUGCAAUUGGCUUGUGGCAUCGCGGCUACUCUUCGGCGAGGAGUCGGUUAGCCUUCGCCUAUGUGAUGGCCUGGAAGCCAUUCUACGCAAUCCAGAUCCACGGAGCACGCUGGUUGAGCUGCUGCUGCACCGUGUGCCGACUGUGUCUCGAACCAGUGCAUACGAGUUCGUGGACGCCUACUUGCAGCAUGAAGGGUUGCGCCGAAGAGCAUCUGGGACGAGCUUGGUGGGCUUCUGCUUUCGGGUCGCGAUGCUCGACGUGAUGGCCGACGAAGCUUGCAGUUUCGUGGAGUUCCUGGCGCAGACUCCGAAAGCACACGAAGCCUCACCAGCAGUCCGACUACUUGCGUGGGCCGCGUAUGUCAUGAACUCCAAGAACAAGUGGGAUGUUAACGGCUUGACCAGCUCCUGGGCAAAGCGCCACCUCUUCGUGGACCAGGUGAACUUCCCAUUCGAACUUGGCGAGGAUGCGCUUGGAUGGCCGACGAACACCGGCCCAACGUUCUCUUGGGCUGGCGAUCCGAGCUCCUUGCGCGACCUGGUAGAUGCAGUCAGACGUGGCCACUCCGUGGAUUGGGCAGAUGUGCACCGCAAGGUUUGGUCAGUGGAUCACAUCAAGGAUUCGGAGCUGUUUGCGCAGCUGCUGUCGUUGAGCCGGAACCCCGGCAUGAUCCUACAGCAGGUAAUGCCAUCAAACCUCUGCAACCUCCUUCGCUUGUCCAACACGGCAGCACCAACAGCAGUCCAGCUCGCGCGAAUCAUUUUGCAGCACGCGCCAGCAGACAACGUCGUCAGCAGCCAGGUAGACCGCCCUCGAUGCAUCUCGCUUUGGACAUUGGUUCUUCAUGAUCAGAAGCAGGACCUGAAUUGUGUGGACAUGCUGCAGCUGGCUGGUGGUCCAGCAGCGCUUCUCGAUGCCCUGCUUUGGGCAAGGGACUGGGCGACCGAACGCCGCAGCACCGCGCCAACACAGGCCCGAACUCGACUGCUUCAGCAGUUGCUGGCAAUGCUUUCCUGCUGCAGCUGGAAUCUCCCUCAGACCCAGGAUGCAGGGACUUCCCAGCCAACUACGCUUCCUUUGCAGCAGCUGGUGCUGCUGUGGACUGGUGGCUUUGGCUGCUUGUUGUGUGCCGCCUCCGUUGCCCAAGAGAUGGUGUGGAAGACUCGGCAAUCCGAAGCCGGUGGGGCCAUGUCGGCGGAGUACCUUGCACGCGGUGAGGUGCCACCAGCGCUGCCUCAAUCACGGCUUUGGCAGGUGUUGGAGCGGGUGGCAGACGUGCAGGCAGACUGGCCACUGGAGGUGCGGCUCCUAUGGCGAGUUCUCCACUGCAGGAGCACCGCCCGAGAGGUCAGUCGACUUUGGGCGAGAGCGCCUCACAUGAUGCAGGACCUCUCAUCCCAGGUUGACAGUGUGGCAAGCGCCAGACCGGUCCAUGCCUUGUGCAUACCAGGCAUCCUGGCAGCUCCUGGCACUUUAUGCCGAGCUUUACAGCGGUCGCUCUUGUGCAACAACUGCGAGGUACCUUCGGGGAUCUCAGCCACGACGUUCAUCGCAGCUUGCGCAGAUGCGCUCAAUGAGAUGCGGAAUGCCAACCAGCUCAACCUGGUCCGAGUGGAUGGCGCAGGCAAGGCCGACAUCUACCGCAUGGUCAAGGAGGAAAUGGCGAACUGA